CUCACACCUCAAGAUAUUAUCAUUUCGUGGUUUAUCCACCCUUGUUUGCUAUCAAUCACGAUCUCAGUUACUACAAAGAAUUUCAAUGUAAAUUUAACAUGCUGGUAUAACAGAAACUCUAUACCCUUAAUGGUUUUAUAAUGGCUUCACUUAAGGACUUAACCCUGGUUUAAUGGCUUUUUAUAUCCAGAGUUAAUGUUCCACACACUUGUGCACUAACCUCAGAUUUGUGGUAUAAAAGAUGGGCUGCAUCCCAGUUUGACUACUUAUACUAUGGCCUAAAAGUAUGUUUUCUUUUUGUAAUAAAAAAGUAGAUACUUUUGAGUUUGUAGCAGAAGGGCGUCCUGUCAUUGUGCAGUGAUCAAUCAUCUUGUUACAGUUUACACCUCCAUACAGUACAGUUCAUUCAUUUAUGCUUAGUUUAUUCCAGCAUUUCCACAGAUGGACAGCAGACCUGUUAUUGAAACACGUUGUGUGCUCAUCAUUCAAUGUGUUUGUCCAGUCAAUGUUUCUAACCUCAUUAAAAUGCAAUUUUUUUCCCACAAAGUCUAUGGACACCAAAACAGUUUAGUUGCCAACAUUCUUCAAAAUACCUACUUCCGUGUCCAACUGAAGAACAUUUUAAACAACACAAGGGUGAAUAAAUGACUACAGAAUUUUCAUUUGUGGGGAAACUGUCCCUAUAAGAAUGACUGGGUUAACGGUUUCAACUGAAGAGCCCAUUAGUGGGAGGUUGUGUACACAAUUAUAAUUUGUCCUACACAUGAUUGUUGGAUUUUCUUGUGUUGUCAGUGUUGCAGUUGUUAAUCAGAAUGACCCCAUUUUGACUUUCAUCAGCCAUUCUGAUUAGAGCAGGAAAAGCUGUUUAUUAAGCACAGCUGAUAUGAGUUAAACUUCAUUUUAUUCUCUUUCUCAGGCAGUUGCUGGAAUAACAAAUCGCACAUUGUUGCCUCUCAGAUGUGCUUUGCAUUGUUGUGCUUUCUUCACUAUUGAAAAGAGCAAGAAUACAUGUACCUGGCCUCAUGCCCCAACGACAAUGCACCACUUCAAUCAUUUUGUCUUGUUCAACCAAUUUGUUUCCCGUUUUUUCACAUACAGUAUAUCCUCCUCUGCUCUUUCUCUCUCUCUCUCUCCACCCCCCUUACUCUCUCACCACUACUGGCCGAAAUUGACUGCUCUCCCAGGGAGACAGGAAGCGGCCCUCACAUUUUUCCCCCAUUCAAACAAUAAUAGGAGAGAAUGCUAGGUAUUAUUUUAGCAGUGGCUUGCCGCUUUAUCUCCCCCAAACAUAGUUUCCUCUUCGUCUGAGCACCGCUUCCUCUCCCCCAAAUGUCAUUAGAGCGAGUGAGUGGGAGGUUGUGUGUGUGAGUAUGCGAGCGAGAGAGAGAGAAUAUGCCGUUUGGUCUUCAGUUGUGACUUGAAAUAUUGAGAGAGAGAGUGUGUGCUGCUGUUUGAGAGGGGAAGUGGGGGGGGAGUGUUUGUCUGUUAAUUUUUUCCUGGACUAGGAAUCUGGUCAGAGCCUCAGGCUGCUUCAUUACAGCUAAAUGACCACCAACCUUCACUCAUGUGAGCAUCGAAGCCGUUAGGGUCCUGAUAAAGACUGACCACUCACAGCAGAAACCGCAGACCUCAGGGUUGUCCUUUGACUCGAAGUGUCUACUGAUGGUUUAGACCUGAACUUCACCUUGAACCUGAAGCUGAACAGUCUUUGAUGGGACUCGUCUCAAGAAUAUUUCUCUUACUUUGAGAACAUCUGGAGUUGACUGAAGUGUUGCGCAGUGUGCCAGUGAUCCGUCCCCACUCUUGGCAUCUGGCAAAGCUGUCAGAGGCACCCUGCACUACGGGCACUGGUGACUCCUCAGAUGGCCCCCCGGCUAUGCAGCUCCACUUUGCACCUCUCAGUGUACCUUGGCACUCCGGCGGUGACAAUAGUGAGCUGUCCAGGCAGUGGGGCCAUAUCUCCAGGCACUACAGCACAGACCGCAGUAGCUCAAUAGGAAGUAUGGAGAGUCUGGAGAAUCCACCCAACCAGGGUUACUAUGACAGUCAGCUGUCUCCCAUUGAUCCUGUCAUCUUCAACAACAAACGUGACUCUGCUUACAGUUCAUUCUCAGCCAGCUCAAACACAUCCGAUUACACUGUCCCCAUCAAGCCUGAGGAUACCAACUCUAUGGACAGUCUUCUCCAGGGUUUUGGUUCUUCCUGCAGGUAUCCAGAGGGAGGCCAACAUUGUGCCCCCAGUGGCCAUGGAAACCAGCAGGAAGAGUGUGGACACUCCAAGAUACUGUCUGACAGAACUGAGGCUAAAGUCCGACCAGCGUCCUAUGGCUGUGAGGAAGAACAUUGUGCUCCACCACAGCCACCCAUGAGGAAGGACAGUUUUAGGGCUACUAGAGGCCAACCAACAGAUAAACGCUGUGUGUCUGCUCCUGUAGGCAUCCCAAGUGUAACCAGCUGCAUGGUUGAAGAUCAAUCCCAAAUCCAGGAAGUUCUGACUGGUAGUGUUUAUUUGAAUGGAACACAAGACAAUGAGAAAGAACGUAAAGGAUGCACCAAUGAACCUUAUUACACCUUCAACUCUAAGACAGACUCUGAAGGAGAUAGCAAAGCAACUGACUGUGAGAAAAAACAAUUGGAGAGCUAUUCAGAAUCUGUGGUGGCAUCUACACCUCCUCUCAGUCCAUUUUCACAAAGGAAUAGGGAUGAGAACUUAGAUGCCCAACCAGAAUGUAAUAUCCAGUCAGCAAUGCAUAGACACAGUGCACCUGAGAAACUUCUAGCUUCUCAGCUGCAUAUGAUGGAUUUUACUGGUGACAAAAAUGAUUGUGCAUCUCCAACUUGUCAGUGGUCACUGAGUUUUCUGAGUGAUACUAGUCCAAAUACGGCCCAGGCCAACUGGGGAAUGAGUAGAUGUUCCACACCUGGUUCAGUGGCAACUUCCGAACUUGAGGAUCCCAGGUUAGAGGAGGAUCCUCUAGAUUCUGGACAGAAUUUCUCGGGGCAGCCCAGUAAUGUCUCUGGAAAUCCCAUGGAGAAUGGAUUCUCCACUGCUAACUCUCAGACCAGUGAGAAGAACUUUGGAUCUGUAGCUGUUAACGUGUGUGUGGACACUCAUCUGAAUGAGAAUGGGCGAGAAGUGAGCGUAGAUGAUGGUAGCAUCACAAAGCAAUCACAGAAACGUCAGUUCCGUAGCUCCAAGUCACGUCGUAGAAGUGAGCGUUUUGCCACAAACCUCAGAAACGAGAUCCAGAGGAAGAAGGCCCAGCUGCAGAAGAGCAGAAACCCUUGUGGUGAGGAGACUGUGGAAGAAGAGGUUGCAGAUCUCAACGUGGAGGCAGUAGCUCCUCCAGAGCACCAUCAACCCAGACCACAAACCUUCUCAAGUCCUCUUACCAGUCCUCCGACUGUCCAAAUAUCCGAACGGACACCUCAACAAGAUACAACCCAAGUUGAGAACCAAUCCAGAACCAGGGCUGUGUGCUCCCAGACAUCUCAGACCCAAACCCAUAUCUCUCAAAAUGCCAAACAAGUGUGUGUGCAUGUGGUGGAGGAGAUAGCCCCUGCAGGUAAACCACGGAGAUGGCGCUGGACACCAGAAUACAAGCUUCAACCGGAAACUGAGCCCUCAGAGAUUAAGAGAAAUGAGGCUACUGAACAGAUGAGUUCUGGGAAAAUGGGUUCAACAAGAGGGAGGGCAGGUUCCUCCAGUAGUCGCUUGGGUAGAUCGGACGAGUGUGAUAUUCUUCCCUUUGCAGACCGCAGGAGGUUUUUUGAAGAGACUAGCAGAAAGUUGAGUCAGUCUGUAACAAACUUGUCAAGUCUGACAAAUCGAAAUCAGAGACUAGAGAAGCCGAGUAGACCGAACUAUCCAUCCUCACCUGAACCUCUUGAAAUGGCCACUAACCUGGGCCGGAGGAGGUUUUCGUAUCAAGAUGUGCCCUACGUCAACUCACUGGACACUGGGAGACAGUUUAUGAGUACCCAACAAGACCAAGAAAAAUUGAGGAAGAGGCUGGUAGAGAGAGAGAAGGAAAAAGAAAGAGAGCAAGAGAGAGUCAAAGAGCAAGAGAAACUUCGAGAACAAGAGCGGGAGAAGGAAAGAUUAAGGAAAGAGAGGGAAAAAGAGCAACAAAGGGUAAAAGACUGGGAGGAGAGGCAAAGAAUGCUGCAGAGAGAACAAGAAAGGGAAUCCAGGAGAGAACCUGUUUGUUCUGAACACAAUAUGAGCGGUGACAUGGUUCCUCAGUCUUUAUCUCACGAUGCCUAUCGGAAACAGCCGCCCAGUCCUCAGGUUCCUUCCUCUCUGCAGUCCUCUGAGCAUUUCUAUAGCAACACUACCACCAACAUCCAAAAGCCUUGCUCAGCGUUCCACCCAGUGACCACCCAGCACAAUCAGUAUGAUGACUACCACGUGAAUCCCCCCUACAAGGCCAGGAGCUACACCCCAGCUGAGGCCCACCCUGCGCAGGAACAGGAACAGGCAAAAAAACUAAACAGAAAUUUCAGCAUAACAGAGAGGGACUACUCAAGGUGUAGGAGAGACUCCAAGACAGGAGAGGGUGCUGCUGUUCCUAGCUUCAUGGGUCAGUGUGGCAACAUGACAGGUGGCCGUACUGAGGAGCAUCUUUUUUCACCCCUUAGAAACCGUGCUAUGUCAGAAAAUGACAUUCGUGUGGACACACAAAAUUUUCAUAAUCACACCAAUGUCACGCCAAGCAGAAUGCGUGCGUCCACUCUCGGUGACCUGGAUGAGAAUGGAGUAUGUGUCGGUGAAGUAAAAAAGAAAAAAGGGCCUCCGCCUCCUCGUCCACCGCCCCCGAAAUGGGAUCAGUUCCACAAGAGACGGGCAUCUCACCAUAACCUCUUCUCCUCCCCACCACUCUAUAACUCUCCCUCUUCCUCUCCACCUCGACCACAGCCCCCCAGUGUGUCUGAAAUGACACGUCAUCGCUCCUGUAGUCUUCCUCCAAGGGAGGUCUCAGAGAGCCAUCACUGCUGCGGUCAAGGGUACUCUGUGGCUCCCCCCAGCCCUGCUUUUACACGUCGGGCCUUUAAACCUGUAGCCCUGCCCCCAAGAGAGAGAGACAUGAGGAGAGAACUUCAUCAACCUUUGCCGCAGCCUGAACCACACACAAGAAUACCUGUCCACAAUGCUGCAGUGUCAGAUGAGCCUAGAGUCACACUGGUGAAGCCCAUCUUUUCUGAGCAUCGAGCUGAGUGGAACCGCUCCAGUCCUCACUACCAAGCACAAGGCACCACCAGGUCUCAUGAAGUCCCAGUGAACAGUUUGUCAACUGCACCCGUGUGUCCCGAAUCCUACUUCUCCAUGAACAACUACCACUUGCAGCCCUACCAAGCAGGCUUCCCUGGAACAGUUUACAAAAACCAGCUUAUUUCCUCCCGCAGUCCUAACAGUAUUGAAGAUGGAAACCAGCCCCUGGAGACAGACAUAGAUGAGAUCAGUGAGAAUGAGCGGUUAGGAGAAAUUGACAGAAGGGAAGGAGAGGACAGGAUGGAGAUGCAGGGUUUUGCUCGACCAGUCAUAGUGCUGGAGACAGACAUUGACAACAUGCCUGAGGAAGGGGCUCCUUCAGCGAGAAACAUUAGAGGGCAGAGGGCCGCUUUGGUGGACUCCAUUCUAGAGGAUGAUUAUGGUUUAUCUAGGAAAGAGCUGAUUGGAGAGUUAUUUCCACACAGUGUAAAUAAAGAGAUGGGUGGAGAGAGCUGGAGAGGAGGCCACCCAAUUAGCGGAGGAACACUAGAGAGGCCCUCUAGACUGGGAACAUCCACAGUACAAGUUUCACGAUCAGCCUGUUAUGACAUGUCAGCUGACAACCCGCAACUUCUUGCCAGGUUUCGAGAGAUCUCAGAGAGGAAAGAGGUGGAGGAAGAACUCAAUUAUAAGAAGCAGCUGAUGGAGAGCCUUCGUAAAAAGUUGGGUGUCCUGCGUGAGGCACAGAGGGGCCUGCAAGAGGAUAUUCGUGCCAAUGCUCAGCUGGGAGAAGAGGUAGAGAGCCUGGUGCUCGCUAUCUGCAAGCCCAACGAGGUGGACAAGUACCGCAUGUUCAUCGGUGACCUAGACAAGGUGACCAGCCUGCUGUUGUCCCUUUCUGGGAGACUGAUCCGGGUAGAAAGUGCCUUGGACUGCGUGGACCCAGAGACUGGCCACCACGAGAGGCUACAACUUCUGGAAAAGAAGAAGCAGCUGCUGGUGCAGAUGGGAGAGGCUCAGGAGCUCAAGGAGCAUGUGGACCGGCGUGAGCAGGCGGUUGGCAAGGUGCUGGAAUGUUGCCUGACUCCAGAACAGAUGCGUGACUACAGUCACUUUGUGAAGAUGAAAGCAGCCCUACUGGUAGAGCAGAGGCAACUGGAUGACAAGAUCAGGCUCGGCGAGGAGCAGCUCAGGGGACUCCGAGAGAGCCUCGGCCUGGGGCUGGGGGUUGGGAUGGGGUACGGACAGUACUGAAAAGUGCUGAAUGAGUGUAUGUAUAACGGGAUUUGAGAUGGACCAAAAAAACUUUGAACUGCAGUGUGUUCUAAAGAAAGGACAUUACAUUGACGUGACAGUUGAGUACAGAACAGCACAACUAUCACAGACUUAUGUUCAGUUCAAUUCGAAAACACUACAUCACUACUUGAAGUUGUCUGUUAGGACUUCAGCUGCACUAACAACCUUUUUCUUUUUCUUUUUGCGCUUACUCCGUUAACAUCUGACACCGCCAAAGAACGCAUGUGUGCAUAUACUUCUCAUUGAAUACAGCAGGGGGAGUGUCCAUGCACUGCUAUUUAUUUAUUUAUGUGUGUAUAUAUUCAUACGCACAAUAUAUAUAAAUAUCUUUCAUUCUGGUUUUACAGUCAAAUUGCUUUAAUAAUUUACAGCCUCACAUUGCAUGUAUUCAAUUUCAUUCCGUUCUUUGGCAUGGUAAACGUUAUUGUUCUGUUUAAGAUGUUUUGUUUUGUUAAAUAUUUGUAUGAAAACGUGUACAUAGUGGAUGCCUGAAGUGCAUCUUUAAGUCACAGAAGUUUCAUUCUGUCAUAACUGGAACUUUUCUUAAACGAAAUGGUGUGGCGUAUUAUUGCAGUGUUUUCAAAAGGGGCCAUUUAUAUUUACUUUUCAUAUUCAGUAUGCCUUAUAGUACUUGCUACACUUUUCUCAGAUUAUUGCCAAAGAUAAAAUGUAUGCCUACGUAAGAAUAUAAAUGUGCUGUGCCUGUUUUGAGAAAUGACGUGCAUAAAUGUCUUGAGAAGAUCAGCCUUGCUUUACCAAAGCUCUUAUAUUGACAUGUUUUUGAAUAAGAGUUUUUAGUUAAAUGAGAUGCACUGUUUAACCCUUAUUUCAUCUCCCAACAUGGCAACUUUUGAGGCGAUUGCUACUAGAUUUCCUUUUCUUUGUGAGAAACAGGACAUUUCUUUAGAAGGAAGGAGAAUGCUGCUUUGUUUACCAUUUACUGCCUUGAAAGUGUCGUCUUUGUCUUUUUUUUUAUGGCAAAACAAGGAGCUUGAGAUGAAGAUUAAGGAGAGACAAAGAAGAGUGAGAUCAAGUUAAUUUGUAUUUGAAGGGCUUGUGGUAUAGGAACAUGGAAUGAAUGUAUGUAUUUGGUUGCAAAAUUGCAGAUCAAAAAGGUAAAUGUGCCUUUGUGCUUAUUUUGUCCCUUUUUUGCUUCACUUUGUAUAAAAUUGAUAGUUUAAUAACUAUAAACUACUCUUGUUUGUUUUGUUGUAUCAUACGUUGUAAACAGCAUAGUGCUGAAGAUGAAAGGAAAUACUUGGUCUAUUGAUAAUUUUCCUUUUUUUUAUUGAAAAGAUUGACAUGUACAAUUAAAAACAAUAUCUUAUCAGG